AUGGCCGCCCCAACCGCCGCGCCGCUCGACGAGGGCAAGGCGAAGAAAGUCCUCCGCCAGGUGGAGUUCUACUUCAGCGACAGCAACCUCCCCCCCGCGACAAGUUCCUGCGGGAGACGGUCGAGCAGAGCGACGACGGAUGUAACGCCCACUUGCUCCAUGUUCCUGCUGUUUGUGGUGAGCCUGCCCUUGAUAUGCUCCUUCUCGCGGAUGAAGUCCCACCUGGGGCUGGACGCAGAUGUGAAGGCCGAGACUAUGCCAGAGGAGACCGUGCUUGCGGUUGCUGAGGUGCUCCGGCGUUCUCCAGUCCUCCGUGUAUCGGAGGAUGGAAAGAAGAUUGGUAGAGCUAGUGAACUCUUGAAGCCAGAUGAGAUCAUAGAACAAGUGGACUCUAGGACCAUUGCUGUAUCUCCGCUGCCUUACAAUGUAAAGCUGGAAGACGUACAAUCGUUUUUCACAAAUUAUGCGAAGGUAAACAGUGUCAGACUUCCACGCAAUAUUGUCAACAAAAAGCACUUCUGUGGGACUGCUUUGGUUGAGUUUUCUGAAGAAGAGGAAGCAAAAAGUAUUAUGGACAAAGCUUUAGUAUUUGCAGGGGCAAAUCUGGAAAUAAGGCCAAAGAAGGAGUUUGAUGCCGAACAGGAGUCCAAAAAAGAAGCAUAUGAAAAGGCACGCCCUAGAAAGGACAACCAGGAUGAAGGCUAUCAAAAAGGUCUAAUUGUGGCCUUCAAAUUGAAGAAGACAACGGUUGAUUCUGUGGUGCAGCAAGAUAACACAGGCGAAGGGAAUGACUCUGCCACGAAAUUAGAAGUUUCUAGUUCCAUGGAAAAACUCUCAGGCCAGGGGCCAGAGUCCACCCUUGAGAGCGAUGAUACUAAGCAAGGGAAGUCCUCAGAUGACAUGACCAAAGAGAAAGAACUAAACACUGGGGAUGCUACAGAAUCUGAGAAGUGUAUUGGUGAUGCCCCGGUAGAAAGUGAUAAACAUGGUGAUAGUGAAUCAUUGAGCAGGGAUGGCAAAAGCAUUUCUGGCAUUGUGAAUGUGAAGAACCAAAUAUCAAGGGAGGAUCUAAAAGAAGCAUUCAAAAAAUUUGGAAAUGUUCGGUAUGUGGACUUCAGCAUCGGGGAUAAUUCAGGAUACCUUCGCUUUGAAGAUUCUAAGGCAGCUGAAAAGGCUCGCAUGUCCGCUGUACUUGCUGAUGAAGGUGGCUUGAUAAUUAAAGACCACAUUGUUACUUUGGAGCCUGUGACUGGUGAAGCUGAGAAGGAUUAUUGGAAUACAAUUCGCGGCAUUCAAGGAAAGUACAAGGAUAGUAGAAGCUACAAGGGAAGGGCUUUAAAGAACCAGAGAGGAGGAAAACAUUUCAACGGGAAGCGAGAUAGAAACCCUGAUUCGGAGAAGAAUUCUAACAAGGCCCAGAAGGUUGAAGCUGCUGCGUGA